UUCCACGCCCCCCCCUUUCUUCUUCUUCUCCGUUGGAAACUCACAAACAUAUCAACCAAUAUUUUGUCUUUGGUCAAACACAUUAAUUCCCUCAAUCUCUUGCAAAUUUCAAAGCUCCUAGAUUCACACCGCAUACCCAGUUUUGUGCUCAGAGUUUUCAGACAUCACCCGGUCGUUAGGUACCUCUCACUGGUGAUAAUGGCUAGCAAUGAGAUGGAGAAAUCUAGUAAAGAGAAGGAACCUACAACGCCUCCUCCUCCUCCCUCUUCACAGGAGCCUUCCUCGGCUGUGAGUGCUGGCAUGGCUACUCCUGAUUGGUCUGGCUUUCAGGCAUAUUCUCCUAUGCCGCCUCAUGGUUUUGUGGCGUCAAGUCCACAACCUCACCCUUAUAUGUGGGGGGUUCAGCAUAUGAUUCCUCCUUAUGGAACUCCACCUCAUCCGUAUGUUGCAAUGUAUCCCCCAGGUGGCAUGUACGGACAUCCUUCAAUGCCUCCGGGAUCUUAUCCAUAUAGCCCCUAUGCUAUGCCUUCUCCCAAUGGAAUGACCGAAGCUUCUGGGAAUACUACAGGCGGCACUGAGGGUGGUGAUGCUAAACAAUCCGAAGUGAAGGAAAAAUUGCCUAUCAAAAGAUCAAGAGGAAGCUUGGGAAGUUUGAACAUGAUUACAGGAAAGAACAAUGAGCCUGGGAAAAACUCAGGAGCAUCAGCUAAUGGAGCUUACUCUAAAAGUGGAGAGAGUGCUUCUGAUGGUUCAAGUGAAGGAAGUGAUGCGAACUCUCAAAAUGGCUCGGGAUCUGGACAAGAAGGGAAGGAUGAGAAUGGUGAUUCUGCUAAUGCCCCCCGGAAUGGUACACCGGUGAGCCAGACCGUCCCAAUCAUGCCAAUGCCAGCUGCAGGCCCACCGACGAAUUUAAACAUUGGGAUGGAAUAUUGGGGCGCUCCUACUUCAGCAGCUAUCCCUGGAAUGCAUGGGAAAGCAUCUACACCGGUUCCUGGAGUCGCUGCUCCAGUCUCUCGAGAUGGUAGCCAUUCACAACCCUGGUUACAGGACGAUAGAGAAAUUAAGCGACAGAAGCGGAAGCAGUCCAAUAGGGAGUCUGCUAGAAGAUCCAGAUUGCGUAAACAGGCGGAAUGUGAUGAACUGGCACAACGAGCUGAGUUGUUGAAUGAAGAAAACGCAAGCCUCAGAGCAGAAAUCAACAGGCUCAAAAGCCAGUGCGAUGAGCUCACCUCUGAGAAUACCUCUCUCAAGGAUCAGCUUUUAUCAUUCCCUUCACUUGAAGGCAUUAACAUGGACAAGGACGACCAAGAACCAGAAGCCUAUCAAACAGGCGUCACAGAGAGAAAGGUUGAUGAUACCUACAAAAACUCAACGUGAAAGAAAAAAAACAUACAGCGAAACCAAUUCAUAACACAGAGUUACAAAAAAGUGGCAGCAGCCACAACAACAACACUCGGCGGUUCGUUGCUAACAGAUGGUUGUAGGAUAUUACUAUAUUAGGUAUUAGAGAUCAAUUGGUCUGGAAUAGUUUCUUAGCCCUUUGUUGAAGAUGGUUGGUCCUGUCUGUGUACUACGUAAGCUACUAAAGUGGUUUGAAUCCUAGUUGCAGAAGAGAAUCUGAGGCAAUGUGCUUUUUAUGUAUCCAAUGUACCAUUUUUUAAUUUAGAUUUUUUUUUUUGGAUUUUCACUUGAUGAAUGUGUUAUGUUAUUGCUGAUUUUGAUA